ACUCCGCUCAAAGAAAUCGAGAGACCCCCCCUUCUUCUCUUAAGGCCCCUCGUGCUUGCUCGCUCUCCGAAAUUCUGUUCAUAUUUCUAGUCCCCAGUCCAAUUGCUCUGUUUGCGCCCGUCAUCUCAUAUCACUUUUCUCCAAAAUGUCUUCACCGCGUGCCGCUUUUGAGGCGGUAUUUCCCUCGCUGGCUCAGGAUAUCCUUGAUCAUGCGAAGAAGUACAACCUGCCCCAGAAUGCCCUCGAGUGGCUCGAAAAGAACCUCAACACCAACGUUCCCGGCGGAAAGCUCAACCGCGGUCUCUCCGUCCCCGAUACCGGUGUUGCGCUGCUGAAGAAGCCGCUGUCUGAGGAGCAAUACAAGGAUCUCGCCACACUGGGCUGGAUGACUGAAUUGCUUCAGGCUUUCUUCCUGGUCAGUGAUGACCUUAUGGAUGGCUCCAUCACCCGGCGCGGUCAGCCCUGCUGGUACCGUCAGCCUGGAGUUGGUCUCAUCGCGAUCAACGACGCUUUCCUCCUCGAGUCCGGCAUCUAUAUCAUCCUGAAGAAACAAUUCCGCUCCCACCCUGCCUACAUUGACAUCGUUGAGCUCUUCCACGAGACUACCUGGCAAACCGAGCUAGGCCAGCUGUGCGACUUGAUCACGGCCCCUGAAGACAAGGUCGACCUCGACAACUUUUCCAUGGAGAAGUACAUGUUCAUCGUCACCUACAAGACCGCCUACUACAGCUUCUACCUUCCCGUCGCCCUUGCUCUCCUUUACCUCCAGCUUGCGACCCCUGAGAACCUCCAGCAGGCCCACGACAUCCUCAUUCCCCUCGGCCAGUACUUCCAGGUCCAAGACGACUACCUUGACGCAUACGGCGACCCCGAGGUCAUUGGAAAGAUAGGAACCGAUAUUCAGGACAACAAGUGCUCGUGGAUUGUGAACCAGGCUCUCCAACGUUGCAACGCUGAGCAGCGCAAGCUCCUCGAUACUUGCUACGGUCGCAAGGACGCCGCUCUCGAGGCCAAGGUCAAGGAGCUCUUCAAGGAGCUGGAUCUGGAGACAGUCUACAAGGAGUAUGAGGAGAAGAUUGUGGGCGAGAUCAAGACUAAGAUCGCGGCCGUGGACGAGUCCCAGGGACUGAAGAAGGAGGUCUUUGAGGCCUUCCUAGGUAAGAUUUACAAGCGCACCAAAUAAGCGUCUCGGCAUUAUUGUACAGCAGCUGCAGAUGACAUUCCGACGGAUAUACCUCGUAAUAUAGAAUAGAAUGAUUGGAUGACCGUUAUUGAACUUUUGUCGAUUGCGUACGAGUACACUGGAGCAUAGUUGGUGAGCCUCCAAUAAGGAGAAAUAGAAGCCUCGACCCUGAGACUCCGG